AUGGAUCCAUAUACUUAUUUACCUGAAAUCACUUCAACUUUAGAAGAAAACAUUCAAAAAAUACACUUUUUAUGCACAAAAUUACCCUAUAGAGGUGUUAAUUGGACUUAUUAUCAUAAUAUCAACAGUAUCAUUGUUGAAUGGAUGAGAUAAUAGACAAUAAGAUUCGAAUAACAAGAAUAAAGUGGUGAAUUUUAUCAAAAAUAUAAAGAUUUAUAUUUAUUAGGAAGAAAAUCAGUUGAAGCUGAAUUGAGAUACUAAAAUCUAUUACACAAAUCUAUUUUUAAAUGCAAUUACACUGAUAAUUUUGUUAAUGAGUUCAGCAAAAAUAGCAUCCAAAAGUAAAAAGUCAUAUUCUCCUAUAUGAAUUAUAUUGCUUAAGGUUAUUUCAGAUAAAUCAAAGACAUAUUUGAUAUUUUUGAAGUUCCACACAAGGGAUAGGAGUUAGAGAAAAUGUUUUGUGUAAAAGUAAUGCAUAAUAAAUACUUGGUAUUUUUGGUAACAGUUUAAACAAUUCCAGUUCACAGCAAUCAUAGAAAAUUAGCCAAAAUGAACUUUACUUAAGUUAUAGUCUUUUUAGAUAUCUUAACUCCAGCAUAAGCUGAUUAGUUAAAAAACAAAGCACAUCCUAAAGUUUAUACCAAAGUACUUCAAAACUAUGUCUCUGAACCUGGCUACAUGAUAAAUCAUAAAAUGCUAAAUCCUUAUACCUGCUCUGAAAAGAAUUUAUUUAUUUAUGAUAAUGGUAGAUACAUUUAUAAUUAUCCACCUUAAUCUUAAGAUCCUGCUUUACAUUCUAACAAUCCUUUCUAUGAAAGCGUUCUCAGUUAUUUGCCUAACAAUUUUUAUCAACACAAAUUUUAAGAUAGCGAUUAAGAAACCUAUUACUAUGAUGCUAGAAAAUAGAGAUGGGUCCUUUAAGAUUAAAAUUUCUUAAGAGAUUUGUAAUCAAUGAGAGAUUACUAACAAUAAGUUUCUAAUCAUGUUAUUUCUCAAUGUUUGAACUUUGGCUCUGCUUAAAAACUGGUUAAUGUUCUCUAGAAAAUCCCUAACUUCAAAGUUAAAUUAAGUAGUGAACAAUCUCAUAUUAUCAGUUGUAGUGGAAAUGUUGUUUGCAUAGGUAGGUCAGGAACAGGUAAAACAACAAGUGCUGUGCUUAGAAUGUUUGCUUUAGAAAUGCUUUUUAAGUACAGAUUGCACGUUUAUCAUAAUAGACAUAUGAAAUUAGCAAGUUAAACUAGAUUUAACCCAAAAGAUUUGGAUAAAAUGGUUGGUCUAAGAUGCAUUUUCGUAACAGCUUCUCCAGUUCUCACAAAUGAAAUUAAAAGAUACUAUGAUAGAUUAACUAAAUAAUUGAAAGAAGAACUCAUCAAAAGGGAUGAAAAAUUACAUGCAGAGUAGCUUGAAAAGUUAAUUCAAUAAAAAAAAGAUUAAUAGAAUGAUGAAAAAUAAGAUAAAACCGAGUCAAAUGAAGCAGAUAAAGAGCUUGAUGCGGAAAAGGAAGAAAUAGAAAUUCUAAUGGAGAAGCAAUUCGAAAAUCUCUAAUUAAACAAAGAAAUUAGCACUGAUGGUGCUGCAUAAAACGAUGCAGAGGAUGCUCAAUAAGAAAUAAAAGAGGAAAAAAUUACUUUCGAGGAUGAUGAUGCUGAAAAAUUAGAAAAAGAGAUGGACAAAUAUGAAAAUUUAUCAAAUAUGUCUCCUCAAGAUUUCCCUGCUUUUAUGACUGUUAGAAAUUUGAUCAUGCUCAUAGACGCAUCACUCUCCUAUCCUUUCUUUAAGAGAAACAAAGAGGGUAAAAUAAAAGGAUAAACUGCCUAAAAUACUUGGCACAAUGAGCAAAAAGGUACUCUUUAUAUCAACAAUUUCCACAAACACCAAAUAAAUGAAUCCAACCUCAAAGACGCAGAUUAAAUUAUGGAGAAAAUGAACAUAGGAUUAGAAGAUGAUGAUGAGGAAGAAGAAAUUUAAAAUAUUGAUAAUUUAAAUGAAUACCAAAUCAAUCAGUAAUAUUAACAAACUAUAAGACAAUAGCAAAAAAAAAUUAAUCAGAUAGCAGCCUCAAAAGCUAAAUAAGUUUCAAAGGCUAAGAAAAUGGCUUAUGAAAUUGAUUUUGAGUAUUUCAAGAGAUUCUUCUGGAAGAGAAUAUAGAAUAAAGUUAUAGGCUUUAAGUCAUUAGAUGUUCAUUUUGUAUGGACAGAAAUAUACUCAAUAAUAAAAGGAUCAUCCCAAUCUUGCUUUUACUGGUCUGGUGUAUCUUAUGGAUUAUCAAAAUAUAUCUAUACUCAAUAGUAGACUCGUUUAAAAAGUCAUGAAAUCGAUAAAUUAUAUGAAAUCUAUCAAGAGUAUGAAAGAUGGAAAGAUUAAGAAGGUAGCUACGAUUUCAUGGAUAUUGUAAACUAUGUAAUUAGAUCCAUAAAUUAUGGUUUUAAUAAAAAUAUUUAAUAUCUUCACUAUAUCAUGGUUGACGAAGUUUAAGAUCUUCCAAUGAAUAUUCUUUAUCUUUUGAAAAAAAUGACAACAAAUGGUAUUUUUUAUUCAGGAGACACAGCUUAAACAAUCGCUUAAGGUGUUGGUUUCCGCUAUGGUAGUCUUAAAUCUCUUUUUGAUAAUAAAUCUGUUGGCUAAUACUAUACUGAUUCUAAAUCAAUAACAGAUGAUGUUACUAUCUAACAGCUCACAGUAAACUUCAGAUCUCAUAAUAAAAUCCUGUAUUUGGCUAACUCUGUAAUUGAUUUACUUGAAUUCUUCUUCCCUGAGACAAUCGAUAGAUUGAAAAAGGAAAAAUCCAGUAUUGAUGGACCUAAGCCUAUAAUUUUAGGUGAGAGUGAUCCAGACCUACUCUUUUGCAUUCUUACAGGAGAUUCUAGCUUCAAGAGUGAAAGACAUUCUUCAAAUUAAGGUGCUAUGGGAAGAAAUCCUAUUGAGUUUGGGUGCAGCUAGGUAGUUAUUGUUAGAAAUUAAGAAAGUAAGAAGAAUUUACCUCCCAUGCUAGCCCAUGCACUUUGCUUGACUAUUUAUGAAGCUAAGGGUUUGGAAUUCGAUGAUGUUAUUCUUUAUAAUUUCUUUUAAGACUCAACCAUGCAACCUUAGAAAUGGAACCUACUCAGAUAUGUUUCUUACUUAAAUUAAUUUAUGACCAAAGAGAAAUUUAAUGAAAUGAUUGAAGAGUAAGAAAUAGAAAGACUCCACAGAAUUCACUAUAUUUAACUUUUGAGAACUGAAAUUAUUGAAUAAGAUUGGAAAGAUAAGUAAGCUAUGAAUAAACUUCAAUACAUUAUGGAUAAUGAAAAAAGAUUAUCCUAAUUGAAAAUAUUAAAUGAUCGUGCUGUGUAAAGAGAAUAGAAAAUGGAAGAAUUGUAAUAACAAGAACAAGCUUUACAGAGUGAUGCUGUAUAUGGCACUCCCGUCAAAGGAGAAGAAAACUUAAUCAAAGUUGUUAAAUUGAAUUUGAAUUAGGAGGAGUUUAAGAAAAAUAAUAUUUCUUAGAAAGAUUUUUCUCAACUUUGCUUAGAGUUAAAGUAGCUUUAUGUUGCAAUUACACGUCCUAAGAAUCGUGUUAUUAUUUAUGAUGAAAAUGCAGAUGCAAGACAAAUCAUUCAAGAGUAUUGGGAAAAUCUAGGAUGUGUUGAAGUUAUUACAUCUGAAGUUCUAUCUGGUAUGGUUGAUUAAAAGAACGUUCAAGAAAGUGGUAUUAAUAUCAAAGAUGCUCUCUUGCGUAAAAGUGACUCAAACUAAUGGAAGUAAUAAGGUUUGAGAAUGAUGAAAAUGCGCUAUUUCUAACAAGCUAUGCUUUGCUUUGAAAAGGCCGGAUGCUAAGAAUAUAUGGAGCAAGCUAAAAUUUUCCAUUUAGCUGACCAUGCCAAGGAAAUGUUAGAAGAAGCACAACGUGAAUAUAUUUUCUUGGACUAAGGUAUUAUGGAAUAUUCCUCCAUGAGCAAGACUGAGAAAGAUACAAAGAAAGCUUAAAUUAACUUGUAAAUGAAAAUAGCAAGAAAAGAAUUUACUUAAGUUGGUGAGAUAUUCUACAAUCGUGAAUAGUAUAAACAAGCAGCUAAAUGCUUUUUCAGUGCUUUAAAUUAUUAAAGAGCAGCAGAUUGUUAUAUUAAAAUUGGUAAUAUCAGAUCAGCUGCAGAGUGUUAUUAUAUAAUUUAAGAUUAUGUAAGAGCCAGUGAAUUAUUUUUAGAAGGCAAAGAGUACGUUAAAGCCAUAGAAUGCAAUGAUCUUCUAGAAAAUUGGGGCAAAAUUCUUGAAAUUAUUAAUCUUGCUAAAGGUAGUAUGACUUUAAAAACAAGAGAAUUGUACAUUAAGAAAUAUGCUCCAUUAGCACUUGAAGAGCUAGUUUCAAAUAUUGGGUUAUCUAAAAUUGAAGUUACUACCAAAUAAUAACAAAAACAAAAGAAAAUCUUAGAAUUAAUUGUCUAAGAAUAAAUUAACGAAGAAGAGGAAGAUGAAGAAAAUGCCACACUAGAACAAUCUUAAUAAAAAAAUAAAGAAAAUGAAAGUGAAGAAGAAGAAGAAAUUGAAGAUGAAAAAUCAGGCUAACAAAAAGAAUAAGCUGAUCAAUAAAAAGAAACAAAAUCUAUACUUGAUGACUUAAACAAGCAAGAAGAAGAAGAAGAUAAGGAUGAUGAAGAAGACGAAGAUGAACAUGAUUCCGUUGAUAAAAUAGAUCUUGAUGAUAUUAGCUAAGAUGAAAGUGUUGAAAAAAUAAAUAAAACCAAGCAAACUUAAAAGAGUGCAGCAGAUAAUAAUAAAUCUGUUAGCAACGCUGAUUUCUCAGUGAUAGAUAAAACACAAGGCUAGAUGUAAGAUGUUUCUGUUAUUGAGAAAAGUGUUAAAUAAAGCAGACAUGAUAAUACUUCUUUCAUAGAUAAUAUAUCUUUUAACGAUAGUUCUAAGGAUGAAGAUGCAAAUGAAGAUCUUAAUUUAAGCAGUCUUACUUUAGAUUUCAUAAAAUCUAAGAACCAGUUAAGCGAUUUUGAACAUUUAAGUGAAUUUGAUCCUGAAGACGAGUGGCUUAAGAUGGAAACUGGUUCAAUUGCUGAAGUAAUUUAAAAGAGUAGAGACAGUGGUAUCUUUUCUUGUAGUGAGUUUUCAUCUUUAAAUAUUGCAGAUAUGAUGUCUACCAAAGCUCAAAUGAUCAAGACAAGUGCUGAUAUCUUUAUUUAAGACGAAAUCAUGUAAUAGGUCAUAAAGUACAUGUCAAUGUUUAGCGAUAAUUUCAAAACAGAGAUAUUAAAAAUAAAAUCUAAAGAUGCCCUUCUCACUUCAAGAAAUGAGUAACAUGAUGAUACUCUCACUGAGUAUGGAGCCAAUGAACUUUUAAUCGAUCUGGACAAUAUAGACAUUAACUUCCUCUACCUUAUCUUAGACACUCUUGAGUACUAUAACAUUUUCAGACUUGCUAUUUUCGUUUGCAAUAGAUAUAAGCUUAGUAAGAAAGUAGGAAGAUAUUUAAUUUCUAUUGCCCAUAAAUUCUCCUUUUUAGCUCAUGAAGACGCAUCCCUUGACUUUACACUCCUUAAUCUUACUCCAGAGAAACAAAAGAAAAUUGAAAAGGCUAUAAUUGCAAAUAUUGCCAUUCACAAUUUGUUUGAGGUCAUAAAUCCAGAGUUUAUUAGAUUAAAAGAAGCUGAUGAGGUACCUAAUGAAAAUAAUUCUCUUGGUAUUGAAGUUUAUAGAGGUUUCCUUUCUUUGGGAUACUGGAAAAAGAUACUUUUCAUAAUGGAUUACAAGAGAUCUUUAGAGUUGGCUUAUUUCUUCAGCGACUUCAAUAGUUAUAAGACUAUUUUCUUGAAUUUCAACAAGAAAUAUAAGAAUAAGGCUGCUUGCAUUUCUUCUAUUAAAAACGGAGAACCAGACUUCUAAUGCUUGCCCUUCGAUAUUCCUAAGACAGCCGAAGAAAUCGAAUUUGCUAUAGUAGUAUUAGAACAUGUAAUUACCUUCUAAAAUUCAAAAUAAAAAUUAUCUAAAUCUACUACCCAUAAUCUUUCAUUCUCUUCAAGAAGCUAAAUGAUGAAUGCAGAAGGGUAGUAUGAAAAAAUCCCUUAAUUCCCAAGUUAUUUCACCUACAACGCUAUUUUCUGGAAAUAUAUUAAUCACAAAGUUAGCAAAGGAUUUGCUAAAUAAAACAAUGAAGAUAGCUAAUUCUUUAAAUAUGUUGGUCAAUGUGCAAAGAAUGCUCUUGAAAUUUUAGAUAAAAAAGAUAAUUUUGAAUCUGACUUAAUUAACUUAAGAAUAUUUGAUGUUUUUAGCUUUUUGAGCAAUCUCUUUUUCUAAUUACAAUUCUAAGACAAGCUAUUUUAAAUUUUAAUCUAACAUUUAGAUCUUGAUGACUUUUAGAACUUCGUAUUGAUCAUUAACAGAAUAUUGAAAAUGUUUAGUAACAUAAAUACAGAAUAAAGAAAAAGCUAUUUAAUUCUGAGAGCUCUUGUUUCUCCUUUAAAAGUCAGACUUAACAUGAAUACCACUGACUUACUCUCUGCUUUUGGUUAAACAAAAGUUAAUAUUCACAAGAGCAGUAGGUUAAUUGCUUACUUCUUGCAAAAAAAAAAUGAAGCUGCUGCUAAAUUAAAAGUAGAGAACGUGAUAAUUAAAAUAAUGCAAUUUGAAGAAUUCUGCUUGAAAAAACGUGGCAAAAUUCUUAAAUAAUAUGAAAAAGAAUAUAGACAAUAUAGAAAUGAAACCAAUUAAUUACAGGCCUAAAUAACAGCAUUGUUAAAUAAGGGAGAUAAAAGAUCAAUUUAAGAGGCUUCUUAUCUUGUAAACAAUGUUGAAGAAAAAGAGAACUUAAUGAACUAUGUUAAACAAAUAGAAUUUUUGGAAAAAAAAUAAAAGAAUAAAUAUUAUUUCUUGGAUUUGGACUGUGAAUUUAUUGCUGCUCCAAUUUAAGACGUUUUACAAUUCUUUUAAGAAAAUUUAUAUAAGCUCACAAUUCCUUUAGUUCAUAGAAAGAUUUCUACUUCUAUUAAGUUGUCUGGAACUAAGAAUUAUACAAUUGAGCGCCUCUUCUUAAUUUCAGCUUACAAUAUUGCUUUCAGUUAAAUUCUUAAAGAAACAGAUCAAAUAAUGAAAAGUACUGAAGGGUAUGACUUAUUAAGCAAAACCAAGGGUUAUGUGCCUCCCGAAUAUAAAAAAUACAAAAAGAGUAACCCUCUAUAUAAGUUCUUUAAGUUAGAAUACUUGAAAUAGAUAGAAGAAUAAAAUGAAGAAGAAGAAGAUGAAGAUAUCUAGCAAUAUAUGGAAUAUGAAGGAAUUAAAAAGAAAUCCAAGAAAAUAAACUAUCCUCUAUUGAAAAAGUGUAAACGUUAACUCUCUCAAUGCUUAUAAAACAUAUACCAAGGUUACUGGGAAGUUUCAAUUAGUCCUUAUGUAAGAAAUGUACUUUUACAAAUUGUAUUAAAAACUAUCAACAGUUAUGAGUUCAGCUCUCCCUUUGACUUUAAAAGUAUUCAAAAAUAUGCUUAAUUCUUGAAUAUUGUUAAUCAUACCUCAUACCUGAAUAAUUUUAAAGUGUCUUAAAACUUAAGAAUAGAUGCCAAGUUAAUAAUAGAAAACGUUUACAACCACAGAAAUGGACUUAUUCAAAAAUAUAUCAAUAACACUCUCAGCAUCUUAGACAAGCACUUUGAUCAGCUUGAAUUUUAAGAAAAAAUGCACUAAUUAGAAUAUUGUGCAAUAUGGGCUACUCUAUCUUACUUAGCCUCUAAGGGUGAUACCUUCAACUUUUAUUUGAAUUAGAAUUUCUUGAAGUUACUUCCUCCUUUGAAGUUCACUGAGUUCACAACUGACUAAAAGGAUGAUAACGUAAUCAGUGUCCCUGCUCGUUUCGCCUUAGAAGUUUCAAUAUAACCUAUUAAAUCUUUAGACACAAUUGUUGAGAUAUUCUAAUUUAUUGCAGAUAUUUUCACCAAAUAAGGCACUUAAAUCGUUUAGAGAAAGGCUGUUUUCUAAAGAUUACUUUAAUUAAUUUUUAUAGUUCUCUUCAACUUAAAGAAAAUCAACAACGAUUUAGCUUAAGAAAUAUUAACUUUAAUUGAUUUAUUAGAUCAAGAAGAGUAGCUACAAAAAAUCAUAGAUAAGAUUGAUUUCUGGGAGGAUUUAAUUUAAUGCUAAAAUGAAAAAGAAAUUGAAGAAAUUAUUCCUCUUAUGAUUUCUGAAAAUUUAUUUGAGUUUGAAGAGUCUUAUGAAAAGGCAGAUAUAGUCUAAGAAAUAUAAAUAGAAAACAUUAUUAGCAAAUCUAUUACUGAAGAAGUUAGGCAAAAAAUUACAAAUUAAUAGAUUCUACAUGACUAAAUUUAACACUCGAAAAAGAUAACUGCUUCCAGAAUUAUUUUGAAUAACUAUAACUACAAUAAAUAAGAAAUGUGGAAAGCUUAAUCUAGACUUUGCAAAAAUUAAACUUAACUUUUAAUUUUAUCUCGUUUCAACAAUAAGCACAUGUUGCCAACAGAGUCUUUAAUAAGUGCAAAUUUAAAGAAUUCACAAAUAUUCAACUUCUUUGAAGAAAACGAUAAUAUUGUUUCUGAUAUCAUUUGCAACAUGACUUCAAAUUCAGUAUUUGAUCCUCUUGAUUAUCAUUACUUAUUGCUCCUACUUGAUUAAGCAGAUAGAAGACAAGGAGAAUAUGAAAAACAUCUUCUAAGCUUAGUUAAAGAAAAUGAUUAAUCUAAAAACUAGUUUAUCAAUAAAUUAGUCUAAGAAAUUCAAAAGAAAAAGGAAGAGCUCCUUAAUUGGGCAACAUAAUAAUUCUCCAAAGAAAACUAAGAUCCUCAAGUUUUCUUCCUACAAAACAAAAUGAGUAUUGCCAUAAAAUGGGCUAAAAUGGGUUAUAUCAAUGAUGCUAAGAAACUUGUGACAGAUAUAAAUGAUGACUUUAAGCUAAAAGAAGCCCAAUCUUUAAAGCUCAACAUGAAUAACUAACCCCCUAAAAUUGGAAAUAAAUUCAAAAAAAAUAAAUAAGCUAAAAAAUGA